UCUCAAAAGUCUAAAAUCCUUUUUUUAUACAAAUCCAAACGCCACACCUCUUUCUUCACGACCUCCAUUUUCAUUCCACCUUCUUCUUCUUCUUCUUCUUCUCUUACCUUUCAAAUUGUCUCUUAUUUCAUCAAUCAUAAAAAGCCAAAAGAAGUUAAUCGAAAAGGAUCCCCAAGAAGAUCAAAAUCUCAUCCCCACGCCAUGAAAGGUGAGUAUGUCGAUUCCCAAAAUGGAAACCCCAACAACAUGUUUUCCAAACUUCACCACUCUUUCUCUCAUCACUUCCACCCCUCUCACUAUGAUUCCAAAGAUCCUUCCACUCUCCCCACCGGUGGUACUACCGCCUCCGAUGGAGCUUCCAUUGAAGUGGUUCGAAGACCAAGGGGUCGUCCUCCUGGUUCCAAAAACAAGCCCAAACAAUCACUUCUCGUCGCUCGGGAACCCAACGAGCCGGCCAUGAAUCCAUACGUCCUCGAAAUCCCAGGCGGGAACGACGUCGUCGAAGCAAUCUCCGGCUUCUGUCGUCGGAAAAACGUCGGAGUCUGCGUACUUAAUGGUUCCGGGACCGUUUCGAACGUAACUCUCCGUCAACUUUCGUCUACUCCGGGAGCUACGAUAACUUUCCAUGGUAGAUUCGAUAUCUUAUCUCUCUCGGCCACUGUCCUUCCCCCAACGACGUCGUAUAACGUCCCCAACACGUUCUCCAUCUCUUUAGCGGGUCCUCAGGGGCAGGUCGUCGGAGGGUUCGUGGCGGGCUCCUUGAUGGCGGCUGACACAGCGUUUAUAGUUGCCGCUACUUUCAACAAUCCUUCGUAUCAUAAUUUAGCAGCAGAUGUAGGAGGCGGGGAAGAAGAAACGAGGAACACGAUGUUGUCUGGCGGAGACGGAGAAGAACAGUCUCCGCCGUUUUCUGGUGGCGGUGGAGAUAGUACCGGUCACGGUGGGGGUGGUUCAGAAUCUUGCGGAGUUUCGAUGUAUAAUCGUCAGUUCGGUGGCGGAUCAGAUGGGAUUUGGGCCCCGACUGCUAGACUGCCGCGGCCGCCAUACUAAUGAGUUUCAAGGUUCAGCUUAUCAUUUUCAUUGAUCGGAGAUUAUUGUGGAGUUUAGAUUUAUAUUUACCAUAAAUAGUAUAUCAAACUCUAA